AUGGAUCGCGAAGUUCAGCAGCUCGUCGAGAUGGGUGCCACAGUGGCGCAAGCACGAGCUGCGCUGGAAAGAUACAAGGAUGUCAUGCAAGCAGCAGAGCGUAUCUUUGAUGGCAGUUUUGAUCACAUCAUCGACGACGGAGGUGCAUCCGAGUCGAGCGCACCCGCUCGUCCUAAGCAGAAUGCCAACAGACCAAUUACACCGGACGAUGCCGAAGGUGAGGACGAGGAGGUAGAUGACGGGAAUGAGGACGACGAGGAUGAAGACUACGUGGACUACGACUCAGACUACGAGGAUAAGGUUACGGGCAGAAGCAAUUCGAAUGCGGAUCCUUAUGCAGGCAUCUUCUUCUCGAAGGACAGGCGUGAAGAAGUAAUCGAGGUGGAGGAAGAACCUGAAGUGGCCAUGGUUCCAGAUGUCAACGAGCAAGCAACUCUCAUGAAUCAAGGACAGUGGAUGAAAGGCUGCCCAGAAGGAGGAGAGCAAAGCUUCCUAUUCAGCCUGUAUCAGGAACUCAGCCAAGGCGAAUGUCGGUGCCCGCACGGCUGUGGUCAAUCUAUUCCCAGGCAGAAGCGCGAUUUCUUCACUAUUUUUGCGGAAUUCCCUACCUAUAUCAUUCAUUUACGGAACAUUGUUCCCCGUACUUGUACCAAAUGUACGAAGACUUUUUGUUUUGCGUGCGGAGAACCUACAACCCCAGAUCAUCAGAAGGCCACUUCGAAGGAAGACGAUGUGUUACUCCAUUGUUCCAAUCUGCAGGGCGUUAUUCUUGGUGUCGGGCUUGCCAUGCUAGAGAAGACGUAUGAUGACCAGGAUCAGGACGUGACAAGCGACGAAACGAACAAGGCAACAAACGGCAAGAGACGCAAGGUCCAGGUAGCUCCCGCCCCAAUCCUGCAACACGAGUUCGACGAUGACGAUGAUGAAGAUUAUCCUCCUAUGGUCCAGGGAAAGAAGGCGAAACUGGGUGUAGGCUACGCCGGAGAUGUCAGAGAGGAUGUUUCUGGACAGUUGGAGGCACUAGCUCUGCAACGCACGAAGGACGAGAAGCUUGCUCAGCUUCUGUCAAAUAUCCGGAUCUAUCUUCCUUCUCUUUAUCGAGACGGUGGUGGCCGAACGAGUGAUUACCUCGUCCAUCCGACAACCCUUGCACACCUUCGUCGGCGGUUCAACCUCGUCAGCAGUCGGCUUCUCCGCAAUGACUCACUGACAGACAUGUCCGACCGUUCGGUACUGUACAUCGAGCUCUUCGAAUGGCUUGAGACAGUCUCGUGUCAUGAAGCAUUAGCUAGCAUGAUGGCCAUGCCAAUCAUGGUUGCUACGCAGAAGGAAACGAGGAGAGGAUCUCCAAGGGGAAGUUCUCGGAUACGCGAACGUUCAAUCGUCUACGAAGGCAGUUCAGGUCCCCGGGAGCUCCUCGAAGCCAUCGUCAUCCAGGCAAAAGCUGCCCUAAAGGGACUCGAGGGGUUGAAACUGUCACAGGACGUGGAGAUGACGGAAGAGGAGAAGCGGAGAACGGGCAACGAGAAGGGCAAGGCGGCCGAUCCCGGCCGUGCUGUCUCAGAGGAGAACAUGAAGCUGCUCAGGUUCUGCCAGCGUAUCUUGGGCACUGCCAAGGCGAUAGAUCGCUCGCUAGUCGAUACCAAGGGUGAUGCAUUCGUCAAGAGGCUCCACGCCAGUCUGCCAAAAAUCCCGAACUCGGAUGAUGACGAUACAUGGGUCGAGGCUGGUGAGACCGAGGAGAGUACGGUUAAGGCAUACGAAGAGUGGGCAAGCCGAGUACGGUUCGAGUACUGCGACCUUACAAUACCACCGUUAGAAGCUCCGGGACAAGACGAUGACGACGUACCGCACUAUAAAUUUUACUACAACAAUGAAGCUCGGAUGCUGGCGAAUUCCGACAUUCCAAAACGUUCCCUCGCUAUUGCGAAAGAACUCGCAGUUCUUACUACUAACUUGCCCGUGGACUGGAACUCCUCCAUAUUCAUGCGCGUAGACGAAACUCGUGUAGAUGUCAUCAAAGUGCUUGUGACGGGUGCAGACGGAACGCCCUAUCAUAACGGAUGUUAUCUUUUCGAUGUAUUCCUAGGCGCCGCGUAUAACCAGUCUCCACCGAUGGUUAAGUACAUGACUACUCAUGGCGGAAAAUACCGUUUCAACCCCAACUUGUACGCGGAUGGUAAAGUGUGCCUGUCGCUGCUAGGUACAUGGUCAGGUCCCGGCUGGGUUUCAGGCAAGUCGACGUUAUUGCAGGUCCUCGUUUCAAUACAGUCUAUGAUUCUCUGUGAAGAGCCAUAUCUCAAUGAACCCGGGUGGGCAAGUAUGGCUGGCACCGUUCAAUCAAAAGCAUAUUCGGCCAAUGUCCGACGGAUGGUCGUUAGAACUGCAAUGUUGGGUAACCUGAAGAACCCGCCAGAACCGUUCGGGGAUGUCAUCCACACGCAUUUCCGACUCAAGGCACGUUCUAUCGUUGAGCAGCUCGAUAGAUGGCUUGCGGAAGACGAUGGGAGACCCAUUGGCGACGGCGGUUAUUCCCCGAAAGCUGCGGCGGGCGGCAGCUCUAGCGGCUUCCAGUCAGACGUGAACGAGCUGAAGAGUCUGCUGCUGAAAUUGCAGGCUGGAGAGUCCUCGUGA